AGCGCAGCGCUUUGGCUUGGCUGUGGUGUCUGUUGAGGAUCUGGUACACGGAUCUGCGUUUGUGUUUCAGCCCUCUGUGUGUUAAAGCACCGAUGUCGGUCACAGUGUGAAAGACACAGUGAAGCAGCUGCUGACAGACCGUAGCUGUUUGCUGCUGUUAGACCCACAGGCUUCAGAGGAGGAAGAAUGGCAGACGAAACUCCUUUCCAGUUUUUACAUAACGAAGUGAUACAGUACAUUUACAAGUCAGACGAAAACGGAGAGACGGAGAAUGGAAGAAAUAUCACCAAACUGGAGAAUAUGGGCUUCAGAGUCGGCCAAGGGCUGAUUGAGAGACUGACAAAAGACACAGCACGGUUCAAGGAUGAGCUGGACAUCAUGAAGUUCAUCUGUAAAGACUUCUGGACUUGUGUGUUCAAGAAGCAAAUAGACAACCUUCGAACCAAUCACCAGGGCAUCUAUGUUCUCCAGGAUAACAAGUUUCGAUUACUGUGUCAGCUGUCAGCUGGAAAACAGUAUCUGGAACAAGCCCCAAAGUAUCUGGCUUUCACCUGUGGUCUGGUGAGAGGAGCAUUGUCCAGCCUCGGAGUGAAGAGUAUUGUGACUGCUGAGGUGUCCAUCAUGCCUGCGUGUAAAUUCCAGGUCAUGAUCCAGAAAAUGUAGUGACUAGCAGAAGCCACAUUCAUUCUGCACUCUCUUUUGCCUUCAUAUAUACUUAAGUUUUUGUCAUUAAAGGGAAAUGCAAGCUAUCUUCAUCAGUAAAAUAUACUUGUCUCUACA